GUGUCGGUUGGUAGGAAAAGUAACAACAACAAAAUUUAACUCGAUAUCCCGGUCCAGUGUGCUGGUGGGCACACAGUGCCUGUGAAAAAUGGAGUGAGAUGAAUGUGUGCUUAAAUUUGAGAUGUGAAAUGAAUAUGCGAAUUGUAAAUCGUACGCUUAAAUGCGCUUGAUAGCGCCUGGCAUUAAAAAAUCUUACUAGGGAAAUUUUAAUGCCAUUAACGGCAUUUGCAUUUGCCUUUGUGCUUGCGUGCGGGAAUUUUCGACAAAGCGACAAAAUUUAACAAAACACCACCAGCAGCUGUUUGAAAAAGCAAUAGAGAUUAGCAAGAGUAAAAAAUGAAAUUGAGAUGCAAAGGCGAUUAAGAAUUAAAGUGAAAGGCUUAGAAUACUUUUGAGAACGCGAACAGUGAAUUAUGCAAACAAUGCAGCUAGGGCCAGCAGCAAUCACAAAAUAACAAAGGAGCGGGAGCAGAGCAAUGCUGCCAAUUAUUUACAAAUGAGCACAAAGUCAGACAACAAAGCCAUAGCGCAGACAAAGAGAUAGUAAAAGCUUAAAACGCCUGUUAAAAGACAAAAAAGAAGUGCAAAAAAUCAACUCAGUUAAAAAAAAAAGUAAACUGGAAGUUUGUGUUUGCCGACGCAACGUGUGCAAAAAAAAAAAAGAAAGUAGAAUUUUUGUCAUCAAGCCACCACAGAGCGGCCCCCGCGCGCGCGCGUAGAACAAAAGAAAACGAGAAAAAACGUUCCAGCAGCCAAAAACAUACCAAUACACAAAUACAGAGACAAGCCAUACGCACACGCACACGCACAUACACAUUGAAAGGUACACGCACUCACGCGCAAGCUUCGCACUUGACUUGAACAUUAAACGUAUAACACACACAUACAUACAAACAUACAAACGCACAUAGAGAAAUGGAAAUUAUUGAAGCUUACCUUAGUACACUGCUAAAUUUGGCGUUGAGGCCGCGUGGACAGGCUCAGGCUCAGCUUAUUGCGGUGCUUACUAUGCGUCGUCUGUAGAGCAAGAAGAAGAAUAAGCAACAAAAACAACAACAACAGCAUCACAUCAGCACAGCGACUUUUUGACUGCAGCAUAGUUUUUGUUUUUUUUUGGUUCAGCAAGGCCGUCAUGCAAAUUACGGUAUCAGCAACGAAAGCAAAAGCAAGCAUCAUUCGCCGUCAGCUUCGCAGUAGCAGCAGCAAAAAUGUUUGAGAAAUACAUCGACACAUAUGUGCGUGUGUGUGAACAAGUGAAAUUAAAAUUCCCGCAUGCCUAAUGAAUUCCCUCCCUCUCUCUCGCUCGCUCGUACACUGUGAGGAGGCUGCGCUGCGCUGCUCUGCUGUCAUUGUCACUGCCGCUAUACCCAAACAAACAUUUGAUGUCGUCGUCGUCUCGCCUACGCGUAUACUAUAGUGCCGUUAUAUGCACACGUACGUGUAAUAUGUGUAAUAUGCAUGUGUGUGAUUGUCUGCUUACUAAAUGAUGGACUUGAAUGCCAUUGCAUAGAGAACAAUGGCGUGUUAACCAGUUAGCAAAUAACAACAAAAACAAAAACAACAAUAACAACAACCACAACAACAAAAACAACAGUUAGAGAGCCAGAGCAAGUGGAAAGUGAAACUGGCAGCCGCUCUCAAAGAAUAAUCAAAACGAAACGAAACGAAACAAUACAGCACACAAACAUAAGCUAACGCUUUGGCUUUUGCUUUUGCUUUUUGCCCAUCAUCAAUUGCAAGCGCGAGCAUACAAAAGGAAACACACACACACUCAUACACAUAGCUGUGUGUGUGCAAGCACGAAAUACGAGAGAGGCUCACAUAAGCAUCCGGUGCUGUGGGCAUGUCCACAGCCAAACGACUGGUGCUCUCGCUACGUGGACGCAAGAACUCGCAGGGAAAUUCGGCGACAUCGUCAACGCGCUUGGUAUCCGCCGUCAACUCGCCGGGGCAUGAGCUCGACGAAAUAGCCGUUGUCUCCGGCACCGGCUCGACCAGUCAGCAUUUCUCCUAUGGCGGCUGCAUUGGCAACAGGGAUGCAGCGGCUGUGGACAGCUAUUCAACAGAGAAAAUUGUAGCCACGCCCACUGCAAACUCAAAAGCAGCGCCCAAUGGCGGCCGCUUGUCGCGCGUUGCGGCAAUCGAUGACGAAGCAGACGCCAGCAGUGACGCUCAAGAUGAUGCACAAUGGCGUCCGCCAGCGCUAAAAGCGACAAAAGCAAACGAAAGAGCAACAACAACAAAAGCAACAAAAGCAACAACAAGAAGCAGCCACAAAUUUACGCCCGAAAUGCAGCCACGCCUCUCGCUGAACGGCAUGCUGAAUCCGCCGUAUCCAUCGCUGAUGCCGUCGCCUCGACCGCUGUACAGGGAUCACAGCUCGAGGUCGAUCAAUCCGCUGACCCAAUACGAGCAGCAGAUGGCCGAGCUCGAUGGCAGCUUCUAUGGCUGCAAUGCAGCCUACUUGGGUGCCAGCAAUGUGGGCGUGCCCAGUGCUCCUGCUGUUAGUGGUGUGCAUACAACUGAGUUAUCGAUAACACCAACAAUGGCGGCCGAUGAGCAGUUCAUUGAUUUGGGUAGCCUGCGUCGCUUCUCAAUCGAUCGCCAGAGCUUUCUCGAUCUAGGCCCUAAGCUUGGCAUGUCCCAGCCCAAAUUUGGACAGAGUUACUCGCAACAAGGUUUCUUCACGUCACACGACAGCCUGGCCACACCAUGUGCCUCUCGAGCCUCCAAUCCAUCGCACAUGGCCACAGCAAGCACUGCCUCCGAAAUGGAUUUACUACACAACAAGCAACGCCAGAACAGCAAAGCGCGCGGCCGUCUGAAAACAACCACGAGCGGCGAUCAGCCACUGCUGGGCACCUGGAAUCGAUCCACAGGCGGCCACGGCUCGCAGGAUAACACGCUCUCUGGUGCUCACAGUGGCGGCAUUGCCACCAACGUGCAAAUGGGUCACAAUCAAUAUGGCGGCAACUACUGCAACGGCACAGAUCGUUAUCCACGCUCGCGCCCGCAGCAGCACGCGCAUCACAACACUGCCGGACAGGCAGCUCAUCAUCCGUAUCAGCUGCAGCAUUCAGCCUCGACGGUAUCGCAUCAUCCGCACGCGCAUGGUCCAGGCCAGCCGGCGUGCCAACAGUCGCAGCAGCAGGCGCCUCCAGGUGCUCCAGGCGCUCCAGGAUCUGGCGUGCCGCCGCCUGGGGAGCCGCUGCCGCCGAAACCGCAUCGCACUGCCUCGCAACGCUUACGCGCCGCCACGGCCGCCCGCAAACUGCACUUUGUGUUCGAUCCGGCGGGGCGGUUGUGCUACUACUGGUCCAUGGUCGUGUCCAUGGCCUUUCUGUACAACUUCUGGGUGAUAAUCUAUCGCUUUGCGUUCCAGGAGAUCAAUCGCCGCACCAUUGCAAUAUGGUUUUGUCUCGACUACUUCUCCGACUUUCUGUAUCUGGUCGACAUAUUCUUUCACUUCCGCACCGGCUACUUGGAGGACGGCGUGCUGCAAACGGACGCGCUAAAGCUGCGCACCCACUACAUGAACUCGACGAUCUUCUACAUCGACUGCCUCUGCCUGCUGCCGCUGGACUUUCUGUAUCUGUCCAUUGGCUUCAACUCGAUACUGCGCAGCUUUCGCCUGGUCAAGAUCUACAGGUUCUGGGCGUUCAUGGACCGCACCGAGCGGCACACCAACUACCCGAAUCUGUUUCGCUCCACGGCGCUCAUUCACUAUCUGCUUGUGAUAUUCCAUUGGAACGGCUGCCUCUACCACAUCAUACACAAGAACAACGGAUUCGGCUCACGCAACUGGGUCUACCACGACUCCGAGAGCGCCGACGUGGUCAAGCAGUAUCUGCAGAGCUAUUACUGGUGCACGCUCGCGCUCACCACCAUCGGGGAUCUGCCCAAGCCGCGCUCCAAGGGCGAGUAUGUGUUUGUGAUUCUCCAAUUGCUGUUCGGGCUGAUGCUGUUCGCCACGGUGCUGGGGCAUGUGGCGAACAUUGUGACGUCUGUGAGUGCGGCGCGCAAGGAGUUUCAAGCCAAGCUGGACGGAGUCAAGACGUACAUGCGCAUGCGACGGGUGCCGAACCAUCUGCAGGUGAAGGUCAUCAAAUGGUUCGAUUACCUCUGGCUCACGCAAAAGUGCUCAGACGAGGAGCGUGCCGUAUCCUGUCUUCCUGAUAAAUUAAAGGCUGAAAUAGCAAUUAACGUCCAUUUAGAUACACUCAAACGGGUGGAGAUUUUUCAAAACACCGAAGCUGGUUUCCUCUGCGAACUGGUGCUGCGACUGCGGCCCGUGCUCUUCUCCCCCGGCGACUACAUUUGCCGCAAAGGCGAGGUGGGCAAGGAGAUGUACAUUGUGAACCGUGGACGCUUGCAGGUCGUUGCUGACAACGGCAAAACGGUGAUGGCCUCGUUAAAGGCAGGUUCCUAUUUUGGCGAGAUUAGUAUACUGAAUAUGGGCACCGCAGGUAAAGAGCUUGGCAAUAGACGCACCGCCAGCGUGCGCUCCGUCGGCUACAGCGAUCUGUUCGUGCUGAGCAAAAAGGACAUGUGGGACGUGCUGCGGGAAUAUCCAGCGGCUCGUGCGCGCUUGGAGCAAAUUGCAGUCAAGCGACUGGAGAAGUACAAGAAGGCGCCACUGGAGAAGGACACAGCCGAUUACCUUAAUGUAGUUAACAUGGGUCGCUGCCAGUCCACGCCGGCACAGAUGGAGAACAUUGGGCUCAAUGGCUCGCUGGAUCCUUUGUUUCUGGAGCAGCUGGAGGCGCUGCGACAGCGCGAGCGUCAGCAGCAGCACACAAUGGAUCAACAUGGCUACAGUCCACGCAGCUACGCCGAGCACUUGGCGCGUGCCACAGACACGCCGCGUUCGGUCACGCCCAGUGCACAUGGCUCCGAGGAGCGUCCACGCAGUCAUCACUCAAUGCGCCCCCAAUCCCAGCGCAGUCACAUAGGUCACAUUUGCGACUCCAGCUCGAACCUGGAGUGCUAUGGCGCUGGUGUGGGCGGCACGACGCCGCUGCUGGGCUCGCAUGAAGUGCUGGAGGACGAGAUUAAGCGACUGCGCGAGCGCUUGCACACUGUGGAGUCGGAGAAUCAGGCGCUCAACGCUAAGCUGUCGCAGCAGCAGUGGGAUCUGGAGAAUCGCCUGGCCGAGAUCGAAAUGCAAAUAUGCGGCGUCUCGUCGACGUCCAGUGUGGAUCCCGAGAACGAGACCGAGGAGCUGGAGCGCAAUCGCGAGAGUAUCAUAUAACACGGGAGCGUGCUGCCCCAUCAGCAUCAGCCGAUCGGAGCAGCAGCUGCUAGCGAAAUGGAGGCGCAACAAGGAGUAGCAAGAGGAGAAGGACCAGGACAAGUCAUGCGGCGUUUACUACGCGCCAGCAACAAUGCCACGCAAACCAAAGAAUUAACUCAAGACCAGGCCAAGUACUGCUCACUAUAGAAAGGCACCAGGGCUGCCCGUAUGCAGCAGCCCUGCUCAAAACUGUACAUAGCUGAGUAAAGCUAGAGAAUUAGUUAUUAAUUCGAUUACAUAAUUUAGAUUGAGAGAUCAAAGUCACCACUCAAAUGGCACUGCCAACAAAAUUGUUUAGCUCAAGUUCGUAUUAACUAUAAACUGUAAAUACAGCUCUAUGUGUAAAUCUAGUCUAGUAAAUGCCACUACCACUAAUAUAGCUAAUGCAUAUAUAUAUAUAUAGCCCUAGUGUGUACUCAUUUUUGUCUAGUUUAGUUGUAACUCUCAGCUAUAGUAACAACUACGAGUAUCUCAAGACUUGUGAAGCAAACUUUUUAAUAGCAUUUAAAGUUUAUAUUUGAUUAUACGCAUACAUAUAUAUACAACAUUAUAGGCAUAAAUUAGCUUUCCCUACUUCUGCUCUCACUUCUUGCAUUAGCAUCAUUACUUAAU